GCAUGGCGGGGCCCGGCGGCGCGGCGGGGCCGGCAGCGGCCCGGGAGCUGCUGGACGUGAGGCCCCGGCCAGGGCUGGAAGACAUUUUGCUGAUUAAUUCAAAAUGUAGCAGCAAGAAGACCACAACUUUACAGACGGUUAAGGUGCCAAGGAGCAAUGUUUUGGACCGAGUACAGAGCUUUUUACCACAGAUGGCCCAGGCAAAUGAUGAGCUCAAAAGAAAAAUGGUAACAGCACCCACUCAUCAGUUUGAUAUUGAACAUCUAGACAGUGAAACAGAAGAAGUUAUAGAAAUGAAUGUGGCUGUAGUUGAACUGAGUGAUUCUGAUACAGAUGAAGAGUUGCUGACUUCAGAAGAUGACUCAGAAUCUGAUGAAGAUGACUCUGUAAUUGAUGAAGUGACAGCAGACAACAUUAAGUUUCCUAAACAAAAGGGAGAAAAGGGCAAAAUAGAAAUUUUGGACAGCAAAGCAAACGAGUAAAUCCAUUUUAUUUUACUUUUAAAAACCCCAAACCAACCAAAUAGUCUUUUCACUUCAAAGAGUUGUCCUUUAAAACCAUUUUGUUUCCCAGUGUAGGAUCUCUCAGGAUCCUGUGAAAUGCUAUAGUUUACAUGGUGGAGAAUUCAGGUUCCGCUCAUGGCUGGGGAAGGCUGGGUUUCUGAAGCAUGAAGUGCAAUUUUAUUCAUCAAAUAAUAGGGAAAUGCACUUCAUAGUAGACUACACCCAGAAAACAGCUAGAGUAAAGGGGCACUUGGAAAUUGAAAAUUCCUGUUCUGUUGCUUUGUUCUUUGUUGAAUAAAGAUUUUUUUUUUUUAAUGGGAAGAUAGAAGUUUUUGCUUCAGGGGCAAGAAAGAGUUAACUAGGAAAAAAAGCUUUGUUUUCAUAUUCCAUGUACUGUGAAGUGUUAUGUACACUCUCCUCACUAUUAAACAUGAUCUUUAAGUACCCUAGAGGUAUGUCUACAUUGCAUUGAUGGCAGUGACUGCUCCACACUGGAGCCAUGGCUGAGCUCAUUUCCAGAUGAGCCAGCCUGGGUAAGGACAGCCAUGAGCAGAGAGUUCAGCAAAGGGUUACUUAGUACUUACCCUGUGUGCCUGCGCUGGGCUCCACACCAGCACAGGCAGCUUAGAGGCUCCUCUGGGAAACCUGUGUAGCUGUGGUGCAAACACCCUCCAUACUCAAAGGAUCAAGGCUGCCUCUGGGGUGUUAAGAUGGCUUUAAGCUAAACAUCUCAUCCCCUGAUUUCCCUGCCAUGUUUCCAAUCUCCAUUUUGUUACUGACAGAAGGACAAAAAGGUGAAUUU